GAGCUUCAUUUGUUGGUUGGAUGGCGGUUACCAGAGCUACAUCCCCUCAGCACACCAGUGGCAAGCAAAAGAAGCUCUGGCUGGCAGUAAAUAAAUUAAAAGUGAUCCUUCUCAAUCAGCGCACACUGAAAGAAACAAGAGUGGCAACUGUAGUUCAUCGAUUAUCCUUGAUACCAGUUGGGUAUUGAUCGAUAAAAGACAGGGGUGGCUGCUAACAACCUUGGCACCUGCAUAGGUACCAGCGACGAGGAGAGGAACUUGUAUAGAUUCAUCUGUUUGAAACUUGCUGGUUGAGUCUUUCGGGGACCUCGAGUUGAAUCUUGGAACCACCAUCACAAAACUGACUGCAGCAGUUGUGUGAUUACCGCCAAAACCAGUCCUCCACUUCUGCCCGCAAGUUCGCUGCCUGCUGCUGCUGCUGCUGCUGCUGAGGUAUCCAAGACCCUGGUAGGCAUAGCUAUUGGAUUGUUCUGCAGAACACUUACAUUUAUUUGUGCUGCCAGGAUUGGAUUGGCGGAAGAGCCGCAUCUGGUAGGCCGAUACAAGAGUUGGCACAGUUAAUUGCUGCACUACAAGGAUUGCGCCAAGAUGAAUAUCUCAUCAGCCGAUUCCUCCCUGAUGGUGGAAGACAUGAAGCCAACGAGGCGGGGUUCUUUGCCAUUCAAGAAGAGGAGAUUUCCAAGCCUGGAGCUGCUCGCUGCAGGGGUAUCAAGCGAUCAUGUCAUUAUCCAUAAGCCAUAUGCUACCCCAAUGCCCGAAGAUAACCAAGAUGAAUCCGGCAGUGCAGAGCAUAUUGCUGCACUGUCUCUGUUGGCUGCAGCCGCAUCAUCAGAUGCCCAUGGAGAGACGCUCAAGCUGUCCAGCCGACAAGAAGAUUGGCAGUACGGGGAGGAGGCCAAUAAGCAGCACGGGUUUGCAUUGGCGGAUACAAAAUCAAUCGAGGGCAAUGAUGACAUCACAUUGAGCAGUGCGUUGAUGGCCGCUGCUGCAGAUCUACAGAGUCUCCAUCAACAGAAAUCGUUUCUUGCAGCUGAUGUUUCCACCAUCAAGUCCAGCAAAGCGCCACUUCUGAGCCCUCUCCCCGGUGGUUGCCAUGGGCGCACGUCUCGUAAUUUCUCCUACUGUCGUCGGCAUCCCUGCUAUAAUGGAAGCAAGUACUGCAAGCUGCAUUAUCAACACAACAUUGCAGCUGGAGUGGCAACGGAGAAGGAGCUGUCAAGCGGCAUGAUUGUGGAGCUACCCGACAUCAUCACGGAUGGAGACGCAACAAACGCAGAAGGGGCAACAACCUCUGGAUCUCAAUUGAUCCAUCAGCAUCAAGACAAACGAUACACAGGCUGUGACGCUGAGAUUCGCUGCAAAGCAACGACCACUCGUGGCCGUGAAUGUGCCUACUGCGCGGUCAAAGGAACCAAGUAUUGCUACUUGCAUGCGGAUUACGACACCAACCCACCCCCUCGACGUGGCGGUGCAGGGCUGAACACUGCCGCAAACAGCAAAGCCAAGGAAGGGUCAGGAGGAAAGCCUGGUGGACUCGUGGAAGCUGCUGCCAAACCAGCAAAAGGGAAAGCAGAAGGUUCGAAACGAAAAAACAGGCACUCUUUGAAGAAGGAAAGGAACAUGGCAGAUGCGCCAUACCCGCUGCUCAGCACGAUUGGCACGGACAAGUGGCUGCACAGGAAGGUGAUUGUCUCCACUGGUCCGCUCACAAACCAUGUUGGUCUUGUUGAAAAGUGGAGGAAUGGCUGGGUAUCUGUGAGACUCCCCGGCGUGGGACUGCACAAUCGCCGUUCGUUUGAGCUCUACUUGCACCCCAACUCAGACGAUGCCAAGUCCGCUGAAAAUGGCGCUGAGAAGGCACUCGAUGUCGUAGAAGUGUUUGAUGCUGCGUCGUCCGAUGGAAAGUCGUCGGUGGUGGAUGGAGAGGAGGGACUGGACAGGGCUGAUUCAACCAGCACCCCGCCUACCCCAAUGCUACCUGAAAAGCCUGUCAUGUCAUUCGACCAAGUUCACGAAGUCACUCCGUUGGUAUCUUGUCGAGUAAUCGGGAUCGACCAGAAGGGGGGAAAGGGCAGUCGAAAGAUGAGCAGUAUCAUGUUCCCCACCUGUAUGAGCUCCUCCGCGCCUGAUACAGUCCCCGAGUCUCCCGUGCCUAUUCAGCACCAACCCACAGGGUUCCCAUUUGAGCGCGAUGGUCGCGAUGCUGGAACCCGUCUGGAGAAGUCGCAGAACGAAUCAGACGCACUGGAGAGCAAGCUGAAGCCUCCUAUCAAGCCUACAGUGUCUGAAGAUGGGGAUGUCCCCUUGAUGCAAAGCCUUCUACUGGCGCAGCAAGACCGACAAACGAAACACAAACUUGGGCUACUCUUUGGCACAGCGGCAAUUGAAAGGAGUCGUCGCAGUAUUCACAAGCCAGUCCGAUAUGAAGACAAAGAACUGAUGGGGAAGAAAUCGAGGAAGCGAGAUCGAGAUUCCUCGGGCGACAACACUGAAGGACACUCAAAGAGGGUUCGUUCAGAAGCGUCACAGAAAGCAAUUGGCAAUUCAUCGUCUGUGAUCAGCUCAAGCGACGAGGAGUCUUUUGAAGCUCCUGCCGGCUUGGUUUCGGUUUGAUUCUGUUCUGCUUGCUGCAUCCUCUGCUCUUUCGGUACUAUUCAUGCCGAAUAGAUUUUUAUAUCUUGCACAACCUGACGUUAUGUUACUUACUCGUCUGGACGAUAUCAUUCAGUGCUUGCUUGCAAUGUCUGCUUUGCUCGAGACGAACGCGGUGGGAGGGAAAACGCGUUGAUGGGCAAAGUGGAUGAUGAAACGGGUUUCAUCUUUCUAACCAGCAAGCUUUUUAUUGGAUAUCUGUGUAAAGUCUCUACACAUUUCUUGGGUAAUCUAAUUUCAUUCUAUAAACAUCUUUAACAAAGAUUGGUUGCAUC